AUGGGGAAUAUAUUAAGUACAACAUUGAAGUAUAGCUCGAUAUCUGCUGCGGCCCUCGUCGGUAUCUAUGCAUGCUUCCUCGGCCUUAUCGCCAACAAUUUCUUCCAGGCACACGCUGUCUAUUUACAUGCCAUACAGAUGACAUGGUUUAAAGACUUGAAUGUUCCCGAAAUAUUUGGAUUUCUACACAAUCAAGUGACCCCAUUUUCGAUUAAAUCUUCGGACGGCGAAUCCCUCUACGCAUGGCACAUUUUACCACCCGAACUAUAUCGCAAAAAUGAGGAGAAAUUACUCGCAGAGCCGGCUGGAUUCGUUCAAGAUAUUACAUCACGGCUGGCUUUCAGACUCCUACAAGAUGACCCGGAUGCGGUGUUGAUCCUACACUUUCACGGGGCUGGUGGCACAGUAGGAUCGGGCUACAGAACACCAAAUUAUCGCGCACUAUCAGCUGGAAGACCUGAAAAAAUCCAUGUUCUGACAUUUGACUACCGUGGAUUUGGGUAUAGCACAGGCUCGCCGUCCGAGCAAGGUAUGCUACUGGACGGCCUUGCGGUUGUCGACUGGGCCACAAGAGUCGCUGGAAUACCUCCCGAACGAAUUCUCAUAUUUAGUCAAUCUAUGGGGACGGCGGUGGCCUCUGCUAUUAUCAACCAUUUCGCCCUGGAGUCGCCAGCUACAAUUUUUGCGGGAACAGUUUUUGUUGCGGCCUUUGUCGACGUUCCAACGCUGGUGGCUACCUAUCGGAUCGCUGGUACCAUCCCUAUUUUAGGGCCACUCGCGAAGUUCCCGAUCGCCUUCCGAUAUCUCAGUACAUUUAUUCGGGAUAAAUGGUUGACGGGCGAUCGUCUUGCGGGGUACGUGAAGGUAAAUGAAGCAGCUGGUAGAAAGUACCGGCUCACUUUUAUCCAUGCUCAAGAUGAUUACGAUAUUCCUUGGACGCACACGCCAACUACGUUUCAUCGCGCGGUGAAUGCUACAGUUCCUAGAGGUAUCACUUUUGAAGAUUUAGAAGCCGAAAAGGAUAUUAUUAAGAGAGAUUUGGGGGAGGCGGGAACAGUGGUUGAAUGGAGGACCGAGACUGGAGUUCUUCGGGAGGAGAUUUUGAAAUAUGGUCUUCAUGAUGUUAUUAUGGGGAAUCCCAUUGUCACACUGGCAGUUAUGCGAAUGUUAGAUUCGAAAUAA